CCCUAGAGUACGCAAGCGCAGGACGCAGGCGCGCAGUCAGAAAACACGAGACUGAAGCUGAGGGUCGCUUUGCGGGUCUGAGGUACGGAUCUGUGGAAGGAUGGAGCCACUGAAGGUGGAAAAGUUCACGACCGCCGACCGGGGAAAUGGGCUGCGUGCGGUCGUCCCACUGCGCCCCGGGGAGCUGCUCUUCCGCUGCGACCCUUUGGCGUACACCGUGUGCAAGGGGAGUCGUGGCGUCGUCUGCGAUCGCUGUCUCCUGGGGAAGGAAAAGCUGAUGCGUUGUUCUCAAUGCCGAAUUGCCAAGUACUGCAGUGCCAAGUGUCAGAAAAAAGGUUGGCCAGACCACAAGCGGGAAUGCAAAUGUCUUAAAAGCUGCAAGCCCAGAUAUCCCCCUGACUCUGUGAGACUUCUGGCCAGAGUCAUCGUGAAACUCAUGGAUGAAAAACCCUCAGAGUCGGAGAAACUUUACACGUUUUAUGAUCUGGAGUCCAAUAUUAACAAACUCACGGAAGAUAAGAAAGAGGGCCUGAGGCAGCUUGCCCUGACAUUUCAGCAUUUCACGAGAGAAGAGAUACAGGAUGCUUCCCAACUGCCGCCGUCUUUUGAUCUUCUUGAAGCCUUUGCAAAAGUGAUCUGCAACUCGUUCACCAUCUGCAAUGCGGAGAUGCAGGAGGUUGGCGUUGGCCUGUACCCCAGUAUGUCUCUGCUGAAUCACAGCUGUGACCCCAACUGCUCAAUUGUGUUCAAUGGGCCCCACCUCUUACUGCGUGCAGUGCGGGAAAUCGAGGCAGGAGAGGAGCUCACCAUCUGCUACCUGGACAUGUUGAUGACCAGCGAGGAACGCCGGAAGCAGCUGAGGGACCAGUACUGCUUUGAGUGCGACUGUAUCCGAUGCCAAACACAGGACAAGGAUGCUGAUAUGCUGACGGGUGAUGAGCAAAUAUGGAAGGAGGUUCAAGAAUCGCUGAAGAAAAUUGAAGAGCUGAAGGCGCACUGGAAGUGGGAGCAGGUUCUGACCCUGUGCCAGGCGAUCAUAAGCAGCAACUCUGAACGGCUUCCCGACAUCAACAUCUACCAGCUGAAGGUGCUCGAUUGUGCCAUGGAUGCUUGCAUCAACCUGGGGAUGCUGGAGGAGGCCCUGUUCUAUGCCAUGCGCACCAUGGAGCCGUACCGGAUCUUUUUCCCUGGAAGCCAUCCCGUCCGAGGUGUGCAAGUGAUGAAAGUUGGCAAACUGCAGCUACAUCAAGGCAUGUUUCCCCAAGCCAUGAAGAAUCUGAGGCUGGCCUUCGACAUUAUGAAAGUGACCCAUGGCCGAGAGCACAGCCUGAUUGAAGAUCUAAUUCUUCUCCUAGAAGAAUGUGAUGCCAACAUAAGAGCCUCCUAAGGACAGCCAGAGGGACAGGGGAGGUGGCACACCCUCAUUGAAUGCCUUAUUGAGGCCACAUACCCUGUGAUGUUUGCUGUGUGACCCUCCUGUAGAAAAUGCCAUUCUAUGUCUAUGUGGGUAAAUGUGUUUCUGUGGUGUGUUGUGAGAAGACCUAUUUGUAGUAGAGCAGAACCAUUACAAUAAAUACAAAUGAGUUGAAAUGUCAUCUGGCAGCUUGGCUUUGCCUACUCAUAAGUGAUUUUGAUGAGUAAGAUCUCAUCAUUGGAAAUAGGACUUACCAAAAACUGGAUGGAAGGCUGGGCGGUGGUCAUGCACGCCUUUAAUCCCAGUACUCGAGAGGCAGAGGCAGGUGGAUAUCUGUGACUUCAAGACCAGUAUGGUCUACAGAGUGAAUUCUAGGACAGCCAGGCCAUGUAGAAAGAUCCUGUCUCAAAAAUAAAAGAAAGCAAAAAAUAGGAUGGAAUAAGUUAAACUUCCUCUUUGGGUGUAUAUAGAGGUAACUGGAUUAAAGUAAUCAUUUUCACAUACAUUCCUAAACACAAGCAUAUGUCUCUGUUAUCAAGAAGCAGAUUUUUUAUUGUUGUUCUUUUAUUUUUAUUGACAUGUGUUAAUUGUACUAAAUAAUGUGGUUAGCUGUGGUAUUCAGCAUUUGAAUACACGUGUCGGACAUGCACCUAUGAGGGGACCAAUCUGACCUCCCUUUUAUUUUCUGCCUCUACAGUUCCCCGCUUCUCAUAAUCACCCAUCCUAGCCUUCACACCCGUCUCUGUCCCUGGAUUAUUUCACUCCAUAUAAUUUUCUCCAGUUGUAUCCAUUCUGCUACAGGUGACAGGACUUCACUUAUCUUUAUGACCGAAUAAUACUCCGCUGUUGAGAUGUCCUCCGUUCUCUGUGUAUGUUGGUGAGGACCUAAGGGGUGACAGCCUCAGCUAUUAUGAAUAGCUUCACAGUAGACAUGGACAGAGAAGCAGGAUGGUUUAGCUCCAUGGUAGUCCUCUUUCCACUCCUUAGAUGAACCUCCACGCCGCCAUUCUGAUUUUAGGUUCCCACCGACAGCGUGGAAGAGUUCCCUCUCUGUGUUCACGCCAGCACUUGUUACCUGUGGGUUAUGCUUACUUUGUCCUUGGCUUUAGGAGCAUUCUAACUGCAUACAUGAUAUCUCAUUGUAAUUUCAAUUUCCCUGAUGACUGGUGAUAUUGAUUGUGCCUCAUGUAUUUAUGACUGUCAAGUCGGUUGCUCAUUUUGUAAUCAGAUUCUUCUUUUUUGAAUUCCUUACAUAUUAUAAAUAUACUACGUCUUAUGGAUAUAAAUCCUACAUUGGGAGGAUAGUUGGCAAACAAUUCUCUCAUUCUGUAAAUUGUCUUUUCCUCUGUUGUUUUGUGUGCUGUACAAAACUUCAGUGUAAUUUUUCUGUCUUUGGUUUUGUUUCCUUUUAUAAUCAUAUAUAUUUUUAAAAAGGCAUUGCUUAGUCCAGCAUCUGUAAUAGCUAUUGCCCUUACUGACGUGUCUCCAUGCAUGUUUCCAGUCAAGACCUUGCAUUUGGUCUUGAAUCUAUCACGAGCUGAGUAUUUGUGCAGAAUGAAAGAUAAAAGUUCUGUUUCCAUCUCUUGCAUGUGUGUGUCUGCUUUCCCUGCACACCUGGUUGAAGAGGCCAGCCACGCAGCCUGCACAGUUUGGACACCUUUGUCAAGAAUGAGCUGGUUCUAGGUGUGCUAGCUGACUUCUGGGCUCUCUCUUCUGUCCCGCUGGCCCAUGAAUCUCUUAUUACUCUAUGACCCUAUUGCUUCUGCCACCGUGACUCUAUAGUACAUCUUGAAAUGAGGCCCCUUGAUGCCUUUAGCCUCAUUCUUUUUGACGAAGAUUGUUUUAUCUGUCCUGAAUCUCUGGUGAAGAAGCAGCAUUUUGAGAUGUGGUCUGUUCUCCUUUAUGAUUAGUAACUACAUAUUAUCUUAUUUCUGAGUGCCUCUCCAACACAGGAAUCUUUAUCUCAGAGCCUAGGACUAGUUCAUUUCCAACACCACUAGAAAAGGAUGUAAGUCUCACACAAAAAGAAAAAGAUACUGAGCUCAGCUCUUUGUGUAAGUCUUGUGAACUUUUUAUAAUUCUUUGUGUAUGUUAUUAUUUUCUUAAAGUUUUUUUCCUGUAAUUGCUUGAAUCUGUGGUUCAGUGUGUUAAUGGGCAGAGCAGAAAGCUCUAUUGUCCUCCAGUAAACAGUUCUCACCGCUAUUCCAA